GCGCCCUUCACGCCCCACCUCGCCAGGUGCGUCGUGCCUCCGCCUCGCUCCGCCACGGUGCGUAGGUGCUGCCAGGCGUCCGCCAUUCGCUUUUGCGCCCACCGAGCGAUUGGGCGUGCCCAAAUUCUGGAUGGUGGGAGAGCCGCAGGGCGUCUCCGGGGGCUAGGGGGGGUAAGCGCGGCGGAGAAGGCAGUGUCCGCACCGCGAAGGUCCGAGAAAGCGUCUUCCCGGAACCUUGGGCGGGAGCGCCAGAGCGGCACCUCGCGGACCCUCGGCGAGCCCCCCGCACCUGAACUGCGCGUGCGCGGCCAGGGUCUUUCCGCCCCUGAUCGCGAGACCCCAACAGCCGGCGGCUCGACGACUCGCUGGGCAGUCGGUGAAGCCGGUCAUGGCGCCCCUGUGUGGGCCGAGGUGGUGCCGGGCGCUCCUUGCCCUGCUGGGCUCGCUGCUCCUCUCCGGGGCUGAGGCAGCCGACCGAGAAGGUGACAUCCACGGCUUCUGCCGCGUUCCCAAAGUGGUGGGAAGGUGCCGGGCCUCCCUCCCGAGAUGGUGGUACAACGCCACGGAUGGUUCCUGCCAGCUGUUUGUGUACGGAGGCUGCGAGGGAAAUGACAAUAACUACCUGACCGAGGACGACUGUCUGAAGAAGUGUGCCGGCAUCACAGAGAACGCUGUUGAUGUGCUGGCCGCCAGAGGGAAUGGAGCUGAGUCCUCUCUCCCGAGUGUUCCCAGAAGGCAGGAUUCCAAUGACCUCUCCAGCGAUGUUUUUGACUAUGAAGAAUACUGUACUGCCAAGGCGGUCACUGGGCCUUGCCGCGCAGCCUUCCCACGCUGGUACUUUAAUACCGAGAAGAACUCCUGCGAUAACUUCAUCUACGGAGGGUGUCGGGGCAAUAAGAACAGCUAUCAGUCCAAGGAGGAAUGCAUGCAGCACUGCCUGGGCAAGCAGUCGUACCCAGUCCUGUCCCACAGCUCUAAAGUUGUGGUCCUGGCGGGGCUGUUCAUGAUGGUCCUGCUCCUCUGCCUGGGAGCCUCUGUGGUCUGCCUGGUCAGAGUGGCCCGGAGGAGCCAGGAGGACACCCUCCGCACCGUCUGGAGCUCCGAGGACGACAAGGAGCACCUGGUGAAGAACACGUACACCCUGUGAACACCCGUUGCCUCCCCUGUUGAUAGAGAGUGCAGGGCAGCGGAGGGGAGACGGGGCAAUUGCAGAACACUUGUGCGCAUUUCUAAAAUAGAGGACUGACUUGUGCUCGUGACACCCAUAGGGCUUUGGGUCGUUUUGUUUCUCCAGAAGUAAGAAGGCCGCUUCUGCCAUCGUGGGGCGGGUGUGCUUUGGAAAUCCUCUGAGGGUAGGGCUUUGUGAUUCACGUUG